UGGUAACCCAGUAGCAGCGUGCUCUGUUUCUCAGUUGUUUAUAUCGAUUAGGUAGGCAGUCAAGCCAAGCCAAACAUUCAACGAGUCAGAGAAAACUGCUAUAAUUUUUUCGUGAUGUCCCAUCGUCGAUGUGAUGAGAUUAGCAAUCAAAAUCUGGUCAUUUUUGGACCAGGCCGACCCAAGUAUACGCCACGUGAUUGGGAUUUGAACAAUCGUACGAAGAACGCGUUUUCCCUCAACCAGCAAACGCUAGCCGAACGAAUCGUAUGUGAAAGUGAGCGACUGAUUGACGAAACAAAAUUCACCACCGAGCUGAACAAAAAUGAGUCGGACUUUCGGUUGAAGGAACGUAUCGAAGAUAUCCGUUUCCGUCUGGAUGAGCUGAAGAAGCAGAAGAAAGACGCCCACAUCGAAGAGGAGGCUCUUAAAGUGUACAAGCAGCGUACGCUGGAUGCGAUCAAUACUUUGCGGGAGAUUGCCGUACCAAUAUGCCAAAAGUGUUUCAUCAUGCGAGAGAUGCGCCAGGGGGUGGAUCUGGUCCUGGACGAUGUCGAUAGGGAACUGCGCAGGGAGCUGAGUGUGAUAAAUGGGGCCAUCGAGUUGUUACAUAAGCUGAUGGAGCAAGGAAUUGAACAGUUGCGCCAAUUGAGGGCAGCCAUCUACUUGUUAGAUAGAGAUUUGUCCAAUAAGGAGAAAUCGAUACAGAUUGAUGAGAAAAAUGUCGAACUGCGACAUAAUCAAAUGGGCAUGAAAGUAUAUGACGGAUUGGUUCCAUUGGAUCCUUAUAAUAAUACCGAUCCGGAGUGGAUCGAGGUCACCAACACCAAUAUCGAGAAUACCGCUAAGGAAAUCAACUCGGCUCAAACGUUGCGGUCUUAUAUCGAUCAGGUGCUUAAACAAGCCGCCGAAGACAUCCGUCACCAGGUGGGUCGUACAAAUGCGGCCUAUUGUAAACGAAUCGCUGAGGUUCGCUACACUAAAACAAAACUGGAGAACGUCCACAAAGAAACCGUCCACCAGGUCAACGAGCUUACGCGCACAGUGACAAAGUUGGAGAAAGAGAUUGCCGAAAAGGAGGGAUAUGUAGCGCUCGCCCAGGUCCGAAUGGCAAACCGAGCCCACAGGCCCGGCAUAGAGCUCUGCAAAGAUAACGUCUACAAUAGUUUGAAAAAGGAGUUGGCUGCAUUGCGAGAAACAGUGGCCAAGUUGGAUCAGAUGUUGGUACAGUCGAGAUCAACACUCAGAUAUCUGUUGAACACACAAGUGAUGCAGGAAGAGGAAAUCAAUUUGAAGACUAAUUCUUUGAAAAUUGACGAAGUAGACUGCAUGACUCUGCGGGAGAGUCUGAACUUUCAAAAUUUUUAGGUGUUGCAUGUUGCGUUUUGGACGGAUCUUGGACAGGAAUUGUAUUUGUGAAUAUUAGAAAUAAAUCGAAUCGUAUUUGAUUAAUUGUAGAAAAUCAAUCCGAAAUUAUUAGAAUCAGGGAUUUCUUUCGUGUCUUAAA